AUGACUAUCUUGGCAUUGUUACCUCAAUCGAGAUAUACCGAACAUUUGAAGAAGAUUGGAUUGGGAGGGACGAGUAUUAAUGAUGUUACCGAUGGUUUAUGGGAUUGGGCAAAUGGGAGUCAUGAUGAAGGAGAGGAGAGUGGUGUUCGAUUGGUGGUUUUUGGGGAUAAUUGGGUGGAUGAUACCCUUGAGGUGAAUGAGGAUGGGAAGGGAAGAAGUUGGACAGAAGUUCUUUGUGAAGAGCUUUCAUGUUCUGCACAUAUUAAUUUAGCAACUUCACAACCUUCAUCUUCAUAUCCUUCAUCACCACCCACAGGAGCAUUGGCAUCGAAUAAAAUCUACCUUUCUUCUAUCGAAAACACCAUUGGUCAAAAUAAUUCAGAAACAAAAUUAACCACCGAAUCCAUGCUCCCAGAUUUCGAAGCUCAAGUUAAAUCCUUCAUCGCCCUUCCUCUUCCCAAAAAGAAACUAAGAGAAACAAUCUUCGUCCUCUCAUUCGGAAUCUGGGAUGUAUGGCAUUAUGCAUCUCUUGAUUACUCCAAAGCUAAAGAAGCGCAAAAUAAAGUGGUCGAAGAAAUGUUCGCCCAACUCGAUAACUUAUACGCGCAUCAUCGAGAAACGCUAGAAGCUACUCAUAUUAUCGAAAAACCACACAAUAAAUCUCACGUGGUACCGAAACCACAAUUCAAAGUCAUCAUUCCAAAGGUAUUUGAUCCGACAAUGUUACCCGGUUGGUUAAGUCAAAGACCUGUACCGUUAAGACCUAGUUCUGUGGCGGAACAUCAGAAAAAUGCCAUUUCGCUUUUGAGGGAUUGGGAUAAUAAGAUGGAGAAUAGUAUUAAACCUUGGUUUGCUAGUACACCUGAAGUUACUACUUCGAAUGAAUGGAUGGAACCGGUUCCACAGGGGGAAGUAUCUGGAGAGGUAGUUCCAGAAGUUUUCGAUAAGGAUGAGCAUGGGGGAGUAGAGGGUCAUGGACAAGGUGAUUCAAGUGGGCAUCAUGGACAAGGUGAACAAAAUGGGUCUCAAUCUCAAACUAAGAGAGAAAAAUCUGGAGAAGAAACAGAAAAUCAAACAGAAAUUCCUCAAAAAGAUAUCUAUUACUAUGAUCUUCAUCAAUUCCUCCUCGAAAUCAUACUAGAACAUCAACUCGAAGAUGAAGGAUUAUCCGAUGCAUCCGGACUCGGCACAAAAGAAAGCCCCUACAUCUCCGUCUACGAUCCUUGCGUACAAGAAAGCGAAGGAGAAGAAAACAGCGAAAAGAGGAGGAGAAAAAGCAAAAAGACGGAAAAGAAAGGAGCGGGAAAAAACUUACAGGACAAUAAAAGAAGAAAUUUACCGGAUAUUAAUGGUCUUUUGGUCUGUGAGGCCCCGGAUGAAUAUCUCUUCUGGGAUGAUUUUUGUAUGGGUGGUAUGGCGAAAGAGAGGGUGGGGAGGGAGAUUUCCGGGAUGAUUAAAGAGGGGAGUUCGUUGAGGAAGGCUUGGGGGUAUGGGGUUGUGGUGGGGGUUUAG